CUUCUGACCAUCGCAGAUCGCGAAUUCUGCCUGACCCGCUCGUCGCAGCUGCUCCUAGACUCCUCUCGCCCUCACAGUCGGCGGCAGCUCGAUCAGAAUCGCCUCUUCUGCUCUCCGCGCUUCGUGCCGCGCCUCAACCAGCCCUUCGACCAACAAAGCCGAUGAGACUUUGAACCACGCUCAGCUGCUUCUUCCCAGCCGACCAUCGACAGUCCGAAGGGCUUCUUUGCUUUCGCCCCACUCGAUAUUUUUUCCACUUCCUCGACUGAAACAUACCCGACCUCCUGCGCAACACAGUCUCGUCGCUCACGCACCGCGAUCGCAGCCAUGCUAGAGACAUCGCGCAGCUCCACUCCGGCUCAAGGCGGUCGCUCCGCCUCUGCACGAGGCACGCCAGAAGCGAGUGGCCGCAGCUCCAGCGGCCUUCACACCAGAGAGUCUUCGGGCAGAGAUAGAAGUGCGAGCAGGAGCAGGGACAGCAGCGCGAACAACGCUGCUGCUGCGCAUACACCCGGUUCCAACAUGGCAAACUUCAACAUUGACUCGUUCGACUUUGGCGCAGACUUUUCCCUUCCAUCGGGACUGGAUGAUCUCAACAUCUAUCAUCAUGGUGCGGCUGCUGGCAGCGUCACCCACUCUGCGCCCGGAAGUAUCACUGGCGCGCCCAGUCCAGCAGCUGGCAGCAGCAGUGGUAAAGGAGGUGCAGCCGGCGGUGGUGGUGGAAGCGGCAGCAGGCAUGGAAGUCCGAGAUCAGCUCACGUCAGUGCGGCCAACUUGGCUGGAGGUACGGCCAGCAGUUCUACCGCAGCUGGUUCGCCCCUAGCCAAUCUCCUUCUCAGCAUGAACGGGACGGAGGGCAACAGUGCUGCGCAGUUGCUCGGCUUGAAUUCCAACCACCUCUCGCACCUCGAUGCCCGCUCUCAAAGCCAACCGCAGGAUCGCCAACUAAGCAUAAGCGAUCUUCAGCGCAUACUGGCCGAGAAGGAGCACGCUGAGCGGCUUCAGAAUCUGCAGACCGCCGUGCUGAGACAGCAUUUGGAGGCUUUGCAACGUCAGACUGAGGGUCGUGGUGGAGACAACCAGCAGCAGAGGGGCAACCAGCCGCAGCAGCAAAAUGGUGGACUUUCGGUCAAUACAAAUGCAUUCGCCUUGCAGCAGCUGCAGCAACAGCAACAGCAGCACCUGCUGGCCAUGGCAGCUCAAGCUUCGCAAGGUAUCACGCCCACACAGUCGAAUGCUCAGAGCCCCUUCGUCUCGCCCUUUAGCUCGACUUCGCCUCACUCGCAGAUCGGCAAUCCUUUCAUGACAGGACAGCCACUGGCUCAAAAUGGUGGCAUGAGCUCGUCUGGUGCAGCUACGAGCUCGGCGAUGGCGCAGUAUGGCCUGCUGACGCCCAUGAAUUCGGGUGCUUUCAAUUCGUCGUCGCAAGCACACAUGCCCUUUACCAAUGGAAGCUUCACACCUCUGGAAUCGCCAGCAAUCACCCCAGCGAGCGUCUUCUCCAACGCUUCUACGGCUACCACGACUGCAGACUUUUUCUCUCCCCUCACAUCACCUGCGCUGAGGCCACAAAUCCCCACGAGUGAUUUGAUGCUUCCACCCUCGGCAUCGAGUGCAGCAGCGAGGCUACAUGCAGCUAGCACUUCGCCCGCAUUUGGGCCUCAGCGAACAGGUGCACCUCCUAGUGCGAGCCCAUUGGCGCUCAUGGGCCACUCCAAGCCGCUGCCCAGAAAGAACAGGAGCACAACGGCUGAAGCCCGCGCGAACAAGAUGCGUCCCAGUCCGCUCGUCAAGCCCACUGCACCCGCGCGGAGCGGUCGAUCGAGGGGCGAUUCUGCUGCAUCCUCGGGACUCACUAGUCCUGCGACUGCUACUCCUGGCGAAGGUCAUUCCCGAUCUCGCUCGGGCAGUCAGAACCGUUCGACGAUCAGCAGCAGUGCAGCUUCGAGCAAUAGCGCUCCUGCCCCUUCCUCCACCAACACGUCCGCUUUGCCCUCUUUCACUCCCGUCAUGGCCGGAUCUGGCAAGUCGCUGGAUGCCAGCCCGAGCGAAGGCGCUGCUAGCACGCCAAGUCCGAUCGAUCUGAGUGCGAGCAGCAUGCCGCCCCCUCCUGCGCCUUCCAGCAGCAAGCCCUUGACGCCAGGCAGCAUCAUGGGCAUCGCUCCGAAGAGCGGCACCGGAAAUGGCAAUGGCCUCGGCGGUGCGAGCUCGAGCUCCAGUUCAAAGGCAAAGCAGAAGGUUGCAGUGUCAGACGCCAAAGCGGUCACUUUUGCGGAGGGAGCAGAUUCCAACGAUGGUAGUCCCGUGACGGGCAGCAACGGCAAUGCUGCCCAGCCCAACAAUGGCGGUGUUGGUGGCGCUUUGAGCGCGCUGAGAAACAUUGCGCCAGGGCAUUUGUCUGCUGCUGAAAAGGAGGAAUGGAUGGUGCACAAGGCCGCGGGUGGAGGAGCGCUGGAUUCUCGAAGGACAUCUCACAAGGCAGCCGAGCAGAAGAGGAGAGACUCGUUGAAGUACUGCUUUGAUGAGCUCAGAGGAAUGUUGCCCGCCAUUACGCUGGACGAUGAUGCGCCUGGCGGAUCCUACCUGGGCUCGGAUGGUAGGGCGGAGGACAUUGAGAUUGAAAGGUUCGAUCCUGCGGAAUUGUGCGAUGGAGAGGCGUCCAGACUGGCCAAUCGAGCCAUUAGCAAGGUGGCUCUGCUGCGCCACUCGAACGAGUAUCUGGUCCGCAUCGCUUCCAGAUUGGUGCGAAGGGACAAGGCGCUAUUGGACGCUCGUGCAGAGAUAGUUCAGCUCAGAUCCGCACUGGGUCUGCCUCCCAGUCCCUCUUGCCAAUUCAUCUCCCCUCCACCGAUAGGUUAUUUGGGAGGCAUGGGCCAUCAACUUCAUGCGCAGUACGGAUUGGAAAUGGUGCCCGGUGCGCAUCAGCUUCACUUGCAUCAACAUCCACAUCAGCACCCAUCGCAGCAGCAGUCGACUGCUGCACAGCAGGAUGGUCAACAGUCGCACGCAAUGGACCUGGACAUGGACAUUUCCGCCGCUUGAAACUUUUCCCUCACUUGACUUGCCCCCACUCGGGGUAGAAGCGUCGGACGUGACGUCCCCCGAACACCUUUUUUCGGGAAACAGCGAGCUAGCUAGCGAAGCUCAAGUUUCGGGGAUGCGACCGCGUCAGCCAGCCCCCCUUUUGCGAACCCCAAUUCGACUGCUCCCCCCCCGUUUUCCCGGGUUUCCCUCGCCGAGAUUCACGUUACCGCGCGUCCGCCCGCCCGCCCGCACCUUUCCACCUCUUUUUCUUAUGCUGGACCUCCCACAAUUGUACGACUUUAAAGGGUUUCCCACCACCUCCGCUGAGGAACAUGACGCUAUACUAUAAUUUGCAGAAGAG